AUGCCACUUGCUUUCACCCAAGAAGCACAAGAUAACCCGAGUCUUCACCUGCCUCGAAUUCUAUGUCUUCAUGGCGGAGGUUCUAAUGCCAAGAUAUUUCAAGCGCAAUGUCGGAAACUCAAUGCCCAGCUUAAGGCUCACUUCCGCCUCGUUUUCGCCGAUGCCCCUUAUUCUUCCCAGGCAGGGCCCGAUGUUAUGUCAGUCUACGCCGACUGGGCUCCAUUCCGCCGCUGGCUCAGAUGGACGCUGGAUCACCCUGAGAUCACCGCAGAUGAGGCUGUGAUGGAUAUUGAGGACUCGCUUCAGCGAGCUAUCAAUGAGGACGACCGGAAAGGGGGGACAGGGGAGUGGGUUGCAUUGUUGGGUUUCAGUCAAGGGGCGAAGAUGUGUGCCUCGCUGCUCUUCCACCAGCAAAUUCUGGCGGAUAAAUUAGGGGCUCGACUCCCUUGGGGUGGCUACAAAAGAAAGUUGAACUUCCGCUUUGCUGUAAUAAUGGCGGGAAGAGGGCCGUUGGUGUCCAUGGAUCCAGAAUUGGUCAUGACGUCCGCCUUUCACGACGCAGCUACGCCAUCUCUCAGCAGUUAUGACGCUGGAUCUUUGAACCGAAAAUGUUUUGUUCACUACGUUCUUCGUAUUCCUACCAUUCAUGUCCAUGGGAAGUUUGAUCCAGGACUGAAAAUGCAUCAGCGGUUCAUGGAGGAGUUCUUCGAGAAGGAAAGCGUACGGCUAGUAUCCUGGGAUGGUGAUCAUCGCGUGCCGUUGAGGAGUGGCGAUGUUUCUGCCGUUGUUGAUCAGAUUUUGGACCUCAGUGAACAGACGGGUGUCUUUGAGGACCUCAAUGCGUUUAGCUGGAUGUAA